AUGACUAAGUUCCAACGCCGUGCUCAUCUAUCGCUGCUGUACAAGUCCGGUGAUCGUACACUGCCUGCUAAUUACCGGCCACUAACGCUAUUGAAUCACGAUGCUAAGCUUGGACCAAAGGUUCUUGCUUAUCGUAUGCGGACAGUGUUGCCGACUCUGAUCCAUGAAGAUCAAAGUGGAUUCAUUCCCGGUCGUUCCAUUCGACACUCGCUGCUUCGCUUUCAGGACCUCCAAGAUUUCUGCAAGUUACACCAUCCUGAUGCCUGCGCCAUACUGUUAGAUUUUGCCAAGGCCUUCGACAGCGUCUUAUGGCCGGCGCUGGACUUGGUUCUUGAUCACUUUGGUUUUGGGCCAACUUUUCGUGCCUGGAUCAAGACUUUUUACACUCAACUUUCUGUCAGUAUUCUUCUCAAUGUAUCGCCUGGUGACCCCUUCGUCUUGGGAGCGGGCGUUCGUCAAGGUGAUCCACUAUCCCCUGGGUUAUUUGUGCUGUUCGUCGAGCCCAUGAUGAAUUUUUUACGCAGCCAUUUUUCGUGUCGCGGCAUUUCAGUGGAUCCUUCUUCGGAACCGCACUUACUUGUAGCUUUUGUAGACGACCGCACCGGAUUACUGGAGAAUGUGGAUGAUGCUGACGGUUUCCUUCGGUUUCUUAGCGUGACGGACACGGUGACACUGCUCGGUAUUCCUCAAGGCGCAACUAUCACCCCUGAUAUGCGCUUCAGUCGGGUCCUGGUGAAGCUUCGAGCGCGGUGUGCUUUUUGGAAGUAUCGGGCGCGUACCCUUCGCGGUAAAGUGGUUUUUCUUCGGAGUGUCAUCUUACCACUUCUUUGGUACACCGCAAGUGUAACCUGUUUUACUGCAGCACUGUUGAAGGCCGUUGCUGUUAUCAUACGCAACUUUAUCCACGGCAACGACACAGCUAGUGACUCGGCGUGUCCAGGCAAAUUCUCCCACGAAUGGAUUUACACCAGUAUUCAGCACGGUGGUCUUGGUCUGACACCGGUGAAGGAGUCUAUUCAGGCCAUGCAUCUGAAGUCGUUGGGGGACGCCAUUGCCGCGACUUGCCGUCGUUGCGCCGCACCUCGAUGGAUGGCUUUUGCACUCUCUCUAUGCUCUUUAGCGUUGGGACGUCAAGGUUCCGGGUUCGAUAUCUUGUAUGCUGUGGUCAAGGAUCUUGGACUCUGCCGGCAGCAAGAAUUUGUUGAUGUCUCAUCUACUUUCGCCUCUUCCGCGUACUUGAAGUCUAUUUUGCGCGUCGAAGACUUUCCACGCCCCGCCUCCAAGACUCGAUUCAUUACUGAAGUGAUACCGCGUCUCAACUUGCUGGUUAAUCACGAUUCGCCUUCUUUUGGUCCUGUAUUUCCGCGCUUGAUCGAAUCAGCGCGGCAUGAUUGGAGUAUUGAUGGCACGGUGGUGGCAGACAUGACCAAUCGAGACUUUGUCCGUCUUCUCCUCUCCUUACGCUUCGGUUCGUCGACCCCUUCGCUUCCUCUACAACAACUUGGUGUUCCCGAGUAUUUACCUUCGUCUGGAUUGUGGAUCUUGGAGUAUGGUCUUGAUCGUCAUGUUCUUCCAGUCGCCGCCGAUGUUAAAUUCCGUCUUCAACACAACGCGCUGGGAUUCCGGUACAAGUUUUGCUGGCGUACAGAGAUUACCACAUCUUCGUCUUGCAUUCAUGAUUGUGACGCCAUGGAAACCGCUAUUCAUCUCUCUUGGCUUUGCCCUGUCGCCAAGUAUCAAUGGAAUUUUUUCUUGCAGCCUUUUCGAGACUGUUUAGAUGGCAACGUCUCGUGGAUUCAUAUUCUGUUUCCUGCUUCGCUACGUAUGCUUCCUUCUGCCAUCAUGGUUUUUGGGAAUCGUGCGAUUCUGAUCGUCUUCCAUGUUGUUCGCUGCUGUGUUCUCCGGUCUCUUUGGCUUCAUCGCAACAAAAGACUCUACAACCCCGGGACUAGUACGAAUGCCGCCUUUGUCAGUCAUCACUGUUUUGCCUAUGUGGAUCUACACUUACGCACUUUGAGGUCCUAUGCGGAACGGAAGCAAUGGCAAGGCCUCUUGCGCCUUGUUUUGGAUACUUCAUCUACUUUCUCUAUGGAUACGUUCUCUCAUUCUACUGUUACUAUGGUUUCGGAUUGCUGA